GCCCCAAAUUAAGCGUACGGUGAAAGCUUCUCUCUUACAAAAACCCUAAUUAAGUAGACCCGUCAUUUCCAGUUCUCCGAUUGCCUCCCCCUGCUUUCCACUUCCGUCAUUUCGCGCCAUUUAUCGUCAUCAAUCAAUCCGGUCAAAUGACGGUUCUUAGGUCUGGCGAAAUUGCUCCCCCCAAAACGACGCCUCGGAAGCCCAAGACGCAGCUCAAAUUAGAGCCCCCCACGCCAGCCCAGACCCAUGAGUCCCCCACUCCUCCACCCACCGCUCCGACUUCCUCCUCCUCCCAACCCCAAAACACUAGCCCUAAUUUUGCCCCGAAUCCCCUAAAGGGCUCUGUCGGGUCGGCCCCUGUCUCGGGAGUGAUGCGGCGACGGAGUCUGCGUCUCGCUUCCAAGUCUCCGGGUUCUGCCGAAGCGGUGGGGAGAGCGGGUGGUGGGGGAGAAGGUGAUGAUCGUGAUUCGAGUGGAGAGGUGGGUUUUGCUCUGUUUGGGAAGAGGGUUAUGGUUGCGGGUGCAGGAGUUGAGGAAGGGACUGAGGAGAAGAAAAGGAAGUUGGAGAUCGAUAUUAAUGUGCCGGCUUCCGAAUGUGAAGGGGAAGAUGGAGAGAGUAAGCAGUUUUUGAGUUUGCGGUCGGGGAAGAAAGUGGUGAAACGAGGAGUGGAUGGUAGUAGUAAUGGAGCUUUGGUGAUUGAUUUAGUUGCUGAUGAGAAUGGUAGCGUGACGAGGGAAGGUGGAGUUGGAAGAGGAGAGAGAAGGAAGAGAAAGUUGGGGGAGAGUGGUUCUGCAGUCAAUGGUUUCGAUGUGGUAGAGAUGGCUUCAGAUUCGGAUUCGGACACAGAGAGGGCAAGUGAAAAUGUCUUGAAGAGUAGUAGUCCUAAAGGGAAGAGGAAGUUGAGUGAAGCCAUUGAAGAUCUUGAAGAUGACGUGACUCCCAGCAAGAAUGAUAUAGAAAAGGGCCGAAGGAGAUACAGCAGCAAAGAAAAAGGGAAGGGGAAAUUGGUUGGCGAAGCGGAUUUAUCGAAUGCUAACGAUGGAGGAGAGAAUGUAGCCGUGGACAAUGUGUUUUCUGCUCCUAUUCACAUUGGAGAGAAUGUAGCAUUGCACGAUCAGAGGCAGGUAAAUAACGGUAACUGUAAUACAAAAGAGAAUGUAUCAGAUGGAAACGUAUACAUGGAGCGGUUUCGAGAAAUAGCUAGGCGAAAUGCGUCUCGAUUUGCAUAUUUUUCUGCUGAAGAGGAACAGGUGAAUCAUUUGCCUCCUGAUGCUGAAGUGCCACAGGACAUCGAAGAUUGGCCUGGUCCCUUCUCUACGGCCAUCAAAAUUAUUAAGGAUCGAGCAGAAAAAGAUGUGCAAGUGCCCUAUAAAGACAAGACCAAGCCACCAUCAGUGAAUUGGGUUCCUAAGAAGUUUCCAGACCGUCCCCUCCCAAAAAUUUCGGUUCCCUCACUGCAAGAUCUAUGUUUGUUGGUUCUUGCUAAGAAUGCUGAUGCAAUUGUUUCACUUGACCAUGUGGCAGAUGCUUUGAGGCACCGGCUAAGUCAGAUACUUUGUGAUUCUCGAAAAAUGAACAGUCAUCUAUUCGAACUUCUUGUUCAGGGAUCUCCAACAGAGGUUCGGUUACGGGAUUGCUCAUGGAUGACUGAGGAGCAGUUUACAAAAUCUUUUCAGCAGUGCGACACCGUCAAUUUAACAGUGCUACAACUUGAUCAGUGUGGGCGCUGUAUGCCAGAUUAUAUAUUGCAUUCUACUUUAGCUCGGUCAUCAAAUUGCUUGCCUAACCUAGUCACUUUAUCCCUAAGCGGUGCAUGCCGUCUCUCAGAUGUUGGGCUUGGUCAACUUAUUUCUUCUGCCCCUGCACUAAGAUCUCUAAACCUCAGCCAGUGCUCUCUUCUCACUUACUCGAGUAUUGGCACUUUAGCUGACUCAUUGGGAUCAGUUCUGAAGGAACUAUAUCUAAAUGAUUGCCAAGGCAUUGAUGCUAUGCUUAUGCUACCAGAACUGAAGAAGCUUGAGCGUUUGGAGGUUUUCUCGCUAGCAGGCUUCGAAAAUGUUUGCGACAAUUUUAUUAGGGAAUUUAUCACUGCUUGUGGUCACAGUUUGAAGGAGCUUGUUCUGACUGAUUGUGUGAAAUUAACAGAUUCUUCUGUGAAAGUGAUAGCUGAAAGCUGUUCGGGAUUAUGUGCACUUGACCUUGCUAACUUGAACAAAUUGACUGAUUCUACUUUAGGAUAUCUUGCAAAUGGUUGCCGAGCAAUUCAAACGUUAAAUUUUCGACGGAAUCCAUUCAGUGAUGAAGCCAUUGCUGCAUUUUUGGAAACUUCUGGAGAAAGCUUACAGGAACUUUCACUAAAUCAUAUCGAGAUGGUCGGCCACAACACAGCCAUAUCACUUGCCAAACGUUCAAGGAUGUUGCAUACUCUAGAUCUAUCAUGGUGCCGGAAUUUGACAGAUGAGGCCCUCGGUUUAAUUGUGGACAGCUGCCUAUCACUGAGGAUACUAAAACUUCUUGGAUGCACUCAGAUCACAGAUACUUUUCUGGAUGGACACUCAAAUCCAGAGGUGAGAAUUAUUGGCUUGAAAUUUUCUCCGAUACUAGAACAUCUCAAGGCGCCCAAUCCUCACGAAGGCGCAUUGCGUUAUUCCUCAGUCUGUUGAAUUAAUCCCCUGUUAAGGUCAUUGUUGCAACAUUCUGUAGCCAAUCCAUCAAACUUUUGUAAAGGAAAUGCAGCGUUUUCCUGUAUCUGUAAUCAAACAGUGGAAAGAUGGGUAUUUUGGUAGUCGUUUCAUAGUAAUCAAGUCGUUUCAUGUUUUGGUA